UGUUCGUGCAUUACGUCAUUUUAUUAUUCGAAUCACUCGUAAGUUCUGUAAUGUUUCAUAACGUCUAAGUUGAGUCCGUUAUAACAUUCUGUAGUGUAUAGAUUGGAACGGUUUACCUGUUUCUAGCUUGUUUAUUUGAAUUACAAUAUGACGACCUGGAGAAGCUUAUUGUCAACCAUAGUUUUGCUGUUUCAAGCUAUUAAGACUUUUGGAUACAAGCCAGUUAUCGUUGUACACGGUAUCCUAGACGAUGCUAAAGAUUUAAGUCAUUUGACCAAAUUUAUUACUAAGCAUCACCCUGGUACCGAAGUACACACAUUAGAUCUCUUUGACCAUUACCACAGCUUCAUUCCACUUUGGGAUCAACUCGAUACAAUCAAAAACUUUACUGCUCCGAUUAUGCAAAAAGCCAAGGACGGUGUUCAUUUGAUCGGUUAUUCCCAAGGUGGAAUCGUUGGCAGAGGUUUAGUGCAGACAAGUAAUGAUCAUAACAUUCACAAUUUCAUUGCUUUGUCAUCACCACUCAAUGGACAAUUUGGAGAUACAUCCUUUAUUAAUUGGCUGUUUCCAUCUGCAUUGAAAGAGGAGUUGUACAAAAUAUUUUACACACAUUAUGGACAACUGUGGUCUAUUGGGAAUUAUUGGAAAGACCCACACCACCCACUUAUGUACAGGCAGUACAGUGACUACUUGGCGGCGUUGAACAAUGAAAGUUUAAGGGAAGAUUUUAAGUUUCCUUCUUCCUGGAAGGGGAACUUGCUAAGAUUAAAGAACAUGAUGUUGAUCGGAGGUCCGGAUGAUGGAGUUAUUGCUCCCUGGCAGUCCGCUCAUUUUGGGUGUUACAACAAAGAAGAAAAAGUGAUUCCUAUGAGAAAAUUGCAGAUGUACCAAAAAGAUGAGAUUGGUUUAAAAACUCUUGAUGAAACAGGAAGAUUACAGGAAUGUACUAUACCAGGUGUUCAUCAUACAUUGUGGCAUAAGAACGAAACUGUUUUCUUGGAUUGUAUUGCACCCCUUCUUACAUAGAAGUUGCUUAACUUCAAUUUGUUUAUCUAGCUGUCUAUUGUAAAGAACAGUGUUGCACAUGUUUGUUUAGCUGCAACUUUUACCCACACCUUUAAGUGUUAUUUACUAAGUUUGAUUAUAAAAUGUCAACACUGUUCACACUGCUUCUUAAUAGAUUUUAAACUCAGCAUACAAUGUUUUUUAUUUGUAAUUGAAAAAUAGCCUUCUUUUUGUAAAUGUACAAAUUUGUAUAUAUGUACAAAUGUACAUACAUUGUAAAUAUUUGUAGCUGUUCCAAUUUAUUGUAUACUUUAUUAAUCAAGCUAUUGCUGCGAACCUUGUCUCUUCACCCUUCUGAAUAGGUAGGGGAUAAAUACAACAGAUU